AUGACUGACGCUGUUGUUGGUUUCGUGUUGGAGAAGUUGGAAAGUUUACUCGUCCAUGAAGCAAAUUUGUUCCGUAGAGUGAAGGGCGAUGUUAAUUUGCUUCGAGAUGAUCUUGGCAUUAUGAAUGCCUUUCUCAAAGAUUCUGAAGGGAAAGGAGACGAUCAUUAUAUGGUGAAGGUGCUAAUCAACCAAAUCAGAGACACGGCUUAUGAGGCCGAAGAUGUCACAAACACAUACAUGGCUCAAGUUAUAAAGCAAAGGAGAAGGAAGCUGCUGAUGAAAUUGUUCCAUUGGUUUGAUCACGCAUUUGCGCUUCACGCCGUUGCAGAGAAAACCCAGAGCGUCAAGAAAAGGAUUGAGAAUAUUUAUGCCAAUAAAACAACAUUUGGCAUAGAAGCUCAAUCUCAUGUGGACGAAGAGGCAGAACAAUCACUUCAACAACGCCGGAGAAAUGUUGAGGAGGAAGAUGUGGUGGGCUUCAUCGACGACACAGCAAAAUUGGUCGAUCAGCUCACCAAUGAACAGAGAUUACAUCGCGAGGUAAUUUCAAUCAUAGGCAUGGGUGGUUUGGGAAAGACCACACUUGCCAGAAAAAUUUAUAACGACGCUCGUAUCAAGAAUCGCUUUGAUCAUUGUGCAUGGGUUAAUGUAUCUCAAGAAUACAAAACCAGCGUACUGCUUCUUGAUAUAUUGAAAUGCUUUGUGAAAUUGUCAGACGAAAUGUAUAAAAUGUCUAAUGAAGAACUUAAAGUCAUGCUGCGUGACAACUUGAAAGGAAAGAGAUAUUUUGUCGUCAUGGACGACGUGUGGAAACCUCGAUUUUGGGAUGAGAUAAGAGCAUGUUUUCCCGACGACUUAAAUGGAAGCAGAAUUUUAAUCACUAGUCGGGAGAAAGAAGUUGCCUCGCAUGCUAGCUCAACUCCUCCUUAUUUUCUACCAUUUCUUGAUAAGGAAAGGAGUUGGGAACUCUUAUGCAAGAAGGUGUUUCGAGGAGAAAAAUGUCCUUCAAAUCUGGAAAGACUCGGGCGGCAACUUGCCAAAAAAUGUAAAGGCUUACCACUUUCUAUUGUGGUAUUGGGAGGUAUUCUGGCAAACAAAGAGAAGACACAACAAACAUGGUCCAAUCUUAUUGGCAAUGUCAAUUGGUUCCUCAUCGACGAUGACAACAAGCGUUGUUCAGAUAUUCUCGCUCUGAGCUACAGCUACUUGCCACGUAAAUUGCGAGUAUGUUUCUUGUAUGUCGGUGUCUUCCCUGAAGAUUUUCUGAUCCCUGCAAGGACAUUAAUUCAAAUGUGGGUUGCUGAAGGAUUCAUAUCUGUUGAAAAUGACAGCAAAAAGAUGGAUGAAAUUGAUGUUGCUGAAUACUACUUGGAACAGCUCAUCGAUCGAAGUUUGAUCCUGGUGGCGAGUAGGAGAAGUGACGGAGGCGUGAAGACGUGUCGUAUCCAUGACCUUGUAAGAGAUUACUGCAUAAAGAUGAGCAUUCAAGAGAAAUUUUACGAGGUUCGUGUGAAUAGUGCUGACCUUAGACGUUCAUCAAAUAGUAGCAUCCCUCGAAGACUAUCCAUACAAGGUAACAUUGAUUCUGAAAGCAUUUCCUCUUCAAGGACCAGCAAUAAUUCAAUUUCUGUUGGGUCCUUGUUGUUAUUUAACUCAUAUUUUCAUUACAACCCUUUGAACUGGGCUUUGAAGAACUUUAGGUUUGUCCGGUUGUUGUCUGUUGAGGUUGGUAAAUCAUCUGAUUAUUUCUUUACUUUUUCUAAGGAAAUAGGACAGUUAGUAUUUCUAAGAUACCUUAGAAUAUCAUUCUGGGGUCCAAUUGUUACGGUCGGUUCUUGGAAAUCAUUUCCUGCUUAUAUAUGCAAGCUUCCAUAUCUUGAAACAAUUCACCUGAAAGGAGGGGCUGCUAUGCCCAUGCCAAAUGAGAUAUGGAUGAUGAAGCAAUUAAGACAUCUCUACGCAAGUGGUGGAAUAGAAUUAGAACCACCUUCAAAAGUUGGUCACACUUUAAGCAACCUCAAAGUCCUUUCCUUUGUACGGGUUGAUGGGAAAACUUCCAUUCUCUUUCGAAAAUCUUUGUUCCCAAAUUUGAGAAAAUUGCAUUUAGGUAUAUAUUCUCCACACGUCAUUGAUACAUCUACGACGUCGGAAAUAUUGGCAAGUCUAGAGUCCUUGCAGAACCUGCAAAUCUUUAAAUUGAGUGACUUAAAAGUCGGGCGACGGUUGGAUUUGUUCCCAUCAUCAUCAUCAGAAUCAUCAUCAAAACUCACCAAGAUUACAUUUGUAAAAUGCGAAUUCUUGGACCCUAACCACUUGAUGGGAAUUCUUGGGAAACUUGCCAAUUUACAGAUCCUAAAGAUUAAAAACUGUGACAUGUCGUCUAGGCAGCUACAUUUCAUGGCGGGUGAAUUUCCGCAGUUGGAAGUCUUUGAAAUGAUUGGUGUAGGAGAUAUUGCAACGUGGGAACUCGAGACACAUGCAAUGCCCAACCUUCAGCAUCUGUUUAUACGCGGAUGUGACGAUUUGAGAAACCUUCCUGAUGAACUCUGGAGCUUGGCCAACCUCAGAAUGGUAGAGGUAUCGGCCAUCCAACCAGAUUUGAGGGAGAAGCUCAUGAUCAAGCAAUCGAAGUUGAAGAAGGAGGGAUAUUCUUGCAAACUCAUUCUUCGUCCUGGCUACUAUUCUCCUCCAUGGCCCUGCAGUCCCCCGAGGUAUUUUUAA